UUAAAAGUACAGGCCACAAAAGAAUUUGAUUUAUUUUAGUAACUACAUAGAAGUAUAUCAAAGGAGAGAAGGCGACAAACAUGAAUGAUGGAGAUGUAUCAAAGCAAAUUCAGCAAAUGGUGAGGUUCAUUCGCCAAGAGGCCGAGGAAAAAGCUAAUGAAAUCUCUAUUUCCGCUAAAGAGGAAUUCAACAUAGCCAAGCUAGAGCUAUUAGAAGCAAAGAAGAAGAAGAUUAGACAAGAAUAUGAGCGCAAGGCUAAACAGGUGGAAGUUCGCAAAAAGAUAGAAUAUUCAAUGCAACUGAAUGUUGCGCGCAUAAAGUUCCUACAAGCUCAAGAUCAAAUAGUGAAAGGGAUGAAGGAAGCUGCUUCCAAAGAGCUUCUUCGUGUUUCUACUGACGACAAGACUGCCUAUAAGAAGCUGCUCCUGGCCUUUUCUGACGACAAGAACGCUUACAAGAAACUUCUUCAACCCUUGAUUGUUCAGAGCUUGCUACGCUUGAAAGAACCCUCUGUGCUGUUACGUUGUAGGGAGAUGGAUAAGAGAACUAUUGAGUCUGUUAUUGAAGAUUCUAAACGUGAAUAUGCUGAAAAGGCUAAUGUUCGCUCUCCCACUAUUACCAUUGAUAAGCUCUAUCUUCCUCCUCCACCCUCUUCUUCUGACCCACAUUCUCCUUCAUGCUCGGGAGGAGUGGUUAUGGCUUCUCAAGAUGGAAAAAUAGUUUUUGAAAAUACUCUAGAUGCUCGUUUGGAUUUGGCAUUUCGACAGAAAUUACCUGAGGUAUGUCGUGUACUUUCAAUCAGUUAUCCUACAGUAUACAAAGAGAAGGAUCUUGGACCCACUGUCGGUCUUGACGUUUUACAUGGGUUCUAA